GGGUGUAGGAGGUUCUGCUGAGGCUGCUGGAGAUGCCAGAGGGCCCAUCAGUGAGGAAAUUCCAGCUGCUGACCUCCCCUUUUGUGGGGCAAGUGGUGGUCAAGGUGGGGGGAAGCAGCCAGAAGCUCAAUGUCAAUGACCUGAAUGCCCUGAGGCUCCAGGACUCCCAGGUUCAUGGGAAGAACUUGUACCUGGCAUUUGUGGCAGCUGAAGGUCCCUCAGGAGCAGCCGCAGAAGAGACAGCGCUGCAAAGAGAGGCUGAUUGCGGGGCACACUGUCCUGCCCAGGGACAGGCUGGUGCUCCACAGCCCCAUUCCCAGGAUGAGGAGCUGCAGGAGCCCCAGCUCUCAAGGGCUGAAGGCCCAGAGGCAGCAGAGGGUCGGGGCAAUUGGCUGCGCAUCCACUUCGGCAUGUUCGGCAGCGUCCGGGCAAACGAGUUCUCGAGGGCCAGCAGAGCCAAUAAAAGGGGGGACUGGAAGGAUCCUGUGCCCAGGCUGGUUCUGCACUUUGGGAGUGGAGGCUUCCUCGUUUUCUACAACUGCCGGAUGCUCUGGUGCUCCUGUCCGAGGGCUGACCCUGCUUCUGACAUCCUGUCUGUGGAAUUCCACCGUGGCCGGGCGCUGCGUGCCCUCUGUGCCCCCCAUCCCAUCUGCUACACCCUCCUAGACCAAAGGCACUUUUCAGGGCUGGGGAACAUCAUUAAGAACGAGAUCUUGUACCUGGCCAGGAUCCACCCAUUAACACCAGGCUCCCUCUUGGCUCCCUCAGAUCUGGAGCAUCUGCUGGACUGUGCCAUUCAGUUCAGCUCUGAGUGGCUGCACAACAAACUGCGUGGCCAGGGGCUGCACCCCCAGGUGUACCAGAAGGAGCAGUGUCCCCUGGGGCAUCCCCUGAGGAAGGGCACUUUUGGACCCUCAGGUGGCUUCAAGAGACUGACCUGGUGGUGCCCUCAGUGCCAGCCUGCGGUGCUGCCAGGGGAUGGGGACCCUUCCCCAGUCCCUGAGUGA